AACCAUCCCCCUCUAAAUAAUGGUGUCUAUAUAAAGUAAGACAUGUUUAAAGUUGCUAGGAAGUCGCUGUGAUUGUUCUGUCCUUAUAGCGGCGCGUCCUUCCUUCUUUACUUUGCUCACUCUAACAGAGCUUUCAACUGAUCUCUGUACAGUGCUAGGAACCUCAAUACUUAGUCUUGGAACUUAAGGUACGUCUUAGUUUUCAUCUCUGAAGUGGGUCAAAAUGGCAGUAUGGGUUACAACGACCGAUUGUUAUAUUCCGGAACAUGCGAUACGAGCCGGAUACGAGGCUGACGGACGGCCUCUGUUUAUUGCCCGGGCAUCCAUAGAGGGUGACUUGACCCCCGGGAAAUGUGGAUUCCACCUUCAAGGUGCCCAUAUUCCGUACGGAUGUAAAGAAGUUGUCGUCCAUCAAUACGAAGUCUUGGUGCACGCAAACAACGCCUCGGGAUUCUACGACUGGCAGCGCGCCUCCCGCGGAAGAGUUCCGAAUGAUGCCGUCAGUUCGGACACGGACCUGUACGUGGGACGGGCUUACUUUUCUGGGGGUCUCAUCCCGUGUAAGGUGGCCACGGCCAGCUCCCACAUGUGUGCUUACAUAGGCUGUGAAGGGGUGGAACACAGUAGUAUGGACUAUGAGGUCCUCUGUAAAAUCAAGUAGCCGGCCAUGAAGGACGAGAUAGCACGUCAACGGUAACGUUGAUGAGAGCAGAGUAGAAGAACAAUCUAAUGAACAUAACACGAGGUUGCUGGUGAAUUAACAGGACACAGAAAAGGGACAUUUUAGUGACAGAUUUAUUUUAAUUUUUUAUGUAUAUAUGUGUGUGUUUCCGCAUUUUUAUUUUGACUGCAAUCUAUAUCGAUUUGAUCUGCUUUUAUAAUUAUUGGAUUUACUUUGUUGACUUCCGUAUCAACUUCGGGUUUGCCUAAACUGGUUCACUUUCUGUAGAUUUAUCGUUCUAUCAUGCUUAAUUUUAGCAGUUGUGAAAACCGUUCUCACUAUGCUACUGCUUAAGAAAUUCAUUAAUUGUUGUUGGGUAGUAUGCAUUCCACUAUGAUGUAAAUAAAUCCUUAUGAAUUA